GUUGAUGGCCCUACAUUUUGACCUGCGCCGAAUCUGAGGUAAUCACCCAAACACUCGCCUCUUGAUCGUAUUUUGGUCUUGAAUACAAAAAGGUUCGGUGCAUCACGGUGCAAGUGAAAAUACCAAGAGGCUUAGCAACAAAAUUGAUUCUUGCACUUAACUCUCAAAGCUGCGUUGAUUCUUGACCAUGAGUAUUCGAAGUCUGUUCCCCGAUGUUCACAUCCCAGAUAAUGUAACUCUGCAUGAACUCGUGCUCAGGUAUACAGAUAGCUACGGAGACCUUCCCGCAAUCAUUGACGGAGCGGCCAAAAAGACAAUCACGCACAGACAGCUCAAGGACUAUGUCCGGCGAGUGACCAGUGGUCUGGCGAGGGCAGGGCUGAGGAAGGGUGACGUGUUCUGUAUUUAUACACCUAACUGCCCAGAGUACAUUAUAACCUACCUGGCCGUGAUCAGUGCAGGAGGAAGCUUUACCACAGUCAACCCCGUGUACACAUCGUAUGAACUGGAUACACAGUUAAAGAAUUCCCAAGCAAAGUACAUUCUCACCAUACCCAGCCUAGUGAAGAAUGCACAGGUCGCCGCCGGACACAGCGGGAACGUUAAAGAAAUCUUUGUUCUCGGGGAGGUGCCAAACUGUCGCUCGUUCUCAGAGUUGAUGAACGACCCUGGGGACGCGUACCCCACCAACCUAACCUUCAAUCCCAUGGAAGACGUGUGUGCCAUACUGUACUCUAGCGGCACUACAGGGUUACCCAAAGGAGUGAUGUUGACACAUUACAGCGUCGUGGCUAAUAUUUUACAGUAA